CCCAAAUUGGAGUUGAGACAGAGACGAGGGAGGGAAGGGCUCCGUUUACAAUCGGUGAAAUCGCCUGCCUCUUCGCCUACUCUCUACUUCUGCUUAGCGACGGAGUUGGCAGAGCUGUCUGCUGCUGCUGCUGCUUCUUCUUCUUCUUCGUGGGUUGGAUUGGAUUGGAUUCACUUCACUUUCACUUGGUGUAAUUAUAAUUUCUGUCGGUGCGGAUUGGCGGUUCAAGGGUUUGUACAACGCUAGACAGAGGUAGGUAGGUUGCAGGAUCUUACUUCUUUCGAAGCAAUUUCUGGAGUGGAGUUUUAGCUUAUCUGAGGGAGCCGGUUCUGCAAUUCAAAUAAAAUCAAAUUAAAUUCAUGUUGGUGCUAUUGGGUAUGGAGUGGGACGGGAUUAUUGCUCCUGCUAAGAACCGCAGGUAGAUGAAUUAACAGAGCCAAAUCCGAACUUCAAUUCGCUGAAUGCAUCCUUUACCAGUCGUUGCGAAUUCUUCAACCUGAUAGUACUACUUUUGGGCGCUCGUUCAUUCAUCCCUCAAACUCCUCUUGCUCUUCUGCCACUCCUGUUGCAGCUCUUGCAAUUGAACGUCCUAUGUUUUCUAUAUUCCUGGAUACUCUGUAGAUAAAAUGGGCAAAAAGGUGAGGAAAGCAGCAAGAAGUGGCCAGAAAGGGAAAAGGGGUCCCUCUGCAUCUCCAAAAAUAGCUGUCCAAAAAGACACAAGAGCUGCUGAAACCCCUGGUAAUGGAGUUUCAGAUGUUAAAGAUAGAGGGUCAUGUUCUCAUAUUGAUAAAGGAAUCAAUUUGGACAAACUUUCUACCAAAUUAGGAUCUUCAGAUUCUGUUACUUGUGAAGAUUGUCGGGGAAGUGUUGAUGGAAGAAUAAAGAAAGGAAAAGGUAAACAAGGUAAAUCAAAAUCUGAGUCGAAAGCAAUUUGGAUUUGUUUGGAGUGUGGACAUUUCUCAUGUGGAGGUGUUGGAUUACCAACUACACUGAAUAGCCAUGCUGUUCGACAUGCAAAACAGAACCAUCAUCCUCUGGUGAUCCAUCAUGAAAAUCAUCAACUACUCUGGUGUUUUUCCUGCAGUAAACUGAUUUCUGCUGAAAUUUCUGAUGAUUGUAAACAUAAAGAUGUCUUGAAUGAGGUUCAUAAAAUACUGAAACGUCGGACCAGUGGGGGAUCAACUGUAGAUGUUGAAGGUGUUUGGUUUGGAAGUGGUAGUGUGACUAGUUCGGUUAAAUUAGAUUACUCUCUAGGAGUUGAUACAAAUGAGAGAGCUGGUUUUUCUGUAAGGGGGUUAGUUAAUUUGGGAAAUACAUGCUUUUUUAAUUCUAUCAUGCAGAAUCUACUAGCUAUAGAUAGCUUCAGGGACUACUAUUUCAACUUAGAUGAGUCUUUUGGUCCGCUAAGUGCUGCUAUAAAAAAGUUUUUCCAUGAAACCAGUUCCGAAACAAACUCCAGAAGUGCAAUAAACCCUAGAUCAUUGUUUGGUAGCCUGUGUGUUAAAGCACCGCAAUUCCGGGGAUAUCAGCAGCAUGAUAGUCAUGAGUUGCUUAGAUGCUUGCUCGAUGGUUUGUCCUCUGAAGAAUUGAGUGCAAGAAAGCACACCAAAUCUAAUGAUGUUUCAAACACAGAUCCCACAUUUGUUGAUGCUGUAUUUGGUGGAAAACUGUCUAGUACUGUUAGUUGUUUGGAAUGCGGGCAUUCAUCUACUAUUUAUGAACCAUUUCUGGAUCUCUCACUCCCAGUACCUACAAAGAAGCCUCCAGCAAGAAGGAUUCAACCUGCUACUCGAGGAAAGAAACCUAAGUUGCCUCCAAAGAGAAGUGGAAAGAAUACCUCUAAAAUCAACAAAGAAGUCAGUGCUGUACGAGGAGAUGGCGCUUCUGUUCGAUCAACCAGUGAAAAUUCUUCAGGGGAACUACCUACUGCAACACCAGCUGAGGAUCUUUCAUCUAUCCAAAAUCCCGAAGAUCAACAAACGGCUCAGAAUGCUGGGGAGCAGUCACACUCUUCCGAUAACUUUGCAUUUGCAUGGUUGGAUUUCCUUGACUCAGAUCCAGUCUCACAAGAUGAUGAUGUAGCCUCUGAAAUUGAUGCAGUUUCAGCAAACCAGGGAUUUACAAAUCAAGAUUCUCUUCCAGCUGACACACCUUUGUCUAUAACACUGAAUAGUACAGAUGACGAUCUGGGAAAUGCUGUUUCAGCAUCAUCCUUUAAUGAUGCUGAAAAGUUUAAUUCCCUUGAACCAGGUGUACCAAUGCAAGUUAUGUGCCAACUUGAGGAUAAGCAAAAUGCAAAACCACAAUGCGAUCAGAUGACCACUGCUGAAUGUACUUCUGAGGAAGUUCUUUAUGAUGCCGAUUUAAGUUACAGUUAUGAAUCAUGCCAACAAGUUUGCUCCAAAGAUUCAAAUGCUUCAUUUAGGAACAAUGAACUUCCAUCCCAGAUUCAGGAUGUAAAGCUGCAGUUGAGUGAAACCCCCUCAAAAAAUUCAACCCAUGAGGAACUUUUCCACUGCGGUGCUGAGAUAAAACCAAUCGCGGAAUCAUGCAAACAAGCUUGUACUGGAGAUUCAAAUGCAUCAGGGAGGAAUAAUGAAUUGACAUUAAAUGUUCAGCAUUCUAAAGAUAAUAAAGAUGGUGGGCUUCCAAAUGAGAAAGGUGUUUCAUCUAGUGGUAAUGUAUUGCAAUCAAAAUAUGAGGUAUCUCCUGUACUUGCCAAGAAUGACGGGAGGGAUGGUGAGCAUCCUUCACAGAUUCAGGAUUCUGAAAUUAGGUUGCUUCCAAGUAAAGGGGAUGCUUCUACAGGUGAGCAACUGGGAACUGAACUUGAUGUAUCAUCUCUAGCACUUGGCGAUGAGCAAGAUUACUUGGGCUUUGAUGGAUUUGGAGAUUUAUUCAAUGAACCUGAUAUUUCUUUAGACCAUAAGCCCUUGGACCAUUCUGAUGGCAAUGAUGGUAAACCUAAAGUAAUUGGAAAUUGUAGUGACUCUGAUCCUGAUGAGGUUGAUAAUGCUGAUGCUCCUGUCUCUAUUGAGAGUUGUUUGGCGCUUUUUACGAAACCAGAACUUCUUUCUAAGGAUGAGCAUGCUUGGCAAUGUGAUAAUUGCUCAAAAAUUUUGCAAGAAAAAAGAAAUAGACUGAGAGGGAAAACUCAAAUGUCAAUGUCUGAUACUGUGUCAAAUGGUUGUCAGGAUAGAAAUUUACAUGGUUUGGUGGAUGCUAGCAACAAACCGAGAACUAUGAAUGAAAACCUUAAAACAGAGGCUGAUUUUUCAGAUGGUAUGUUGCUGGAAAAAAAUGAAAGGAAAUAUGAGAAUGGGAAAUGCAUAGUUGGAAACCAUUCAGAAGAUGGAAUAAAUAUGGCUGAGUUUCAUUCAGAAGGUGCAGAACCUCAGAUGAAAAAUGAAUGUCCUGGCACUGUAGAAUGUUCACCACCAUUCGGUAAUGCAAAACUUAAUCCAUGUCAUGGAGAUCGUGACUCUGAUAAGCAUGGAGUUUCCAAUCGCAAUCUUGACUCUAGAAAGUACGAAUCAGAAGGAAACGGACCAAAUGAAGCCAGCUCAGAAUUUUUUAAGGUGAAGAGGGAUGCAACUAAGAGUAUACUUAUCAAUAAGUCUCCUCCUAUCUUGACGGUCCAUCUCAAGAGGUUCAGCCAAGAUGCUCGGGGACGCUUGAGUAAAUUGAAUGGCCAUGUGAAUUUUAGAGAGACACUUGAUCUGAAACCAUACAUGGAUUCCAGGUGCAGCGAGAACAAUAAUAAGUUCAAAUACCGUCUAGUUGGAGUGGUAGAGCAUUUGGGAACAAUGAGGGGCGGGCACUACAUAGCAUACGUAAGAGGCACCAAGAAGCUGGGAGAUUGUGUUUGGUAUCAUGCAAGUGAUGCGUAUGUGCGGGAGGCCUCCUUGGAAGAGGUUCUUCGCUGCGAAGCCUAUAUUUUGUUUUAUCAAAGAAAUUGAGUAUAAUCACAUCAUAUUUUACAUAUUUAUUCAUUUUCUUCUCACAUUGAGAGAGAGAGAGAGAGAGUACUAACUAGUAGUAUACAAUUUUGGUGAUGCUGUGCUGUGAAAUUGUAAUUUAUAGAGAUGGAUGAGGAGUUUGUUGCCUGCCUGCCUGCCUUGUAACCUCAAUUUUUUCAACUUUUGUUGUUUUAUUUAUUAUUACUGUGUGUACUCUCACUCACUCAUUUGAGUUCAAUAUUAACUUCUUUGUUGUUUAA